AUGCAGUGGAAGACUCUCUUCUUAGCUGCUGCGGCAAACCCGCUGCAGGUUUCUGCUCAGUAUGCUCAAGCUGCUAUGAUGCGUUUCCAGUGCUCUAAACUGGUCGUUGAGCGAGUAGACCCCCUUGUAUCUCCAGGCCUUAUCCUGUCUCCCCAUAUUCACCAGAUCGUUGGUGGAGACUCAUUCAACGCUACAAUGGCCCCUAUCGACUACGAUCUCCCAUCCGAAUCGACCUGCACAACCUGCUCGUUCAGCGAAGACUUCUCUAACUACUGGACCGCGAACUUGUACUUUAAGGCCCGCAACGGUACCUACAAGCGAGUGAAGCAAAUGGUUAACCUUGGCCUGCAAGGCGAGGAGGGUAUGACUGUUUACUACAUUCCGCCAUAUGACGGCCAGACCAAGGUCACAGCCUUCAAGCCGGGUUUCCGUAUGCUCGUCGGUGAAGCUAUGUUACGAACCUCUCAAGGCCAGCAGAAGCAGCUAUGCCACCGCUGCUACACCAACGUCGACCAGACUCCUUUCGGAGGUGCCCCUUGCGCCGACAGCCAGAUGGAUACUUCCGCACUCCCGAACAAGGCAUGUGGGAUUUGCUGGGACGGCAAGAACCUCGACAGCCCAGACCACAAGAGCCACGUAGCAUACCCCUCGAGCGGCAGUUUCGAGAUGUCCAGCGCGUGCCCUUCCACACACCCCGUAAAAAUCCCUCAGGUCAUGUACGAGGUGAUGUGGGACACGCGGGAAUUCAACGACCCCUCGAUCUGGCCCGAGGACGGUUCCCAGCCCUUUGUCUACAGCAUGAACGACUCGACCGGCUACGGCUGGCACGGUGAUUACAUGUUCGGCUGGAAGGGGGAUUCCUUGCAGCGCGCCCUCGACGCCCGCUGCUCUAACGACCAGUGCUCACAGCUCAAGACCCAGACCCCGGCCCAGGCCACCGCCUGCAAGAAGCCGCAGACCAUCAAGGAGGAAGUUGACGGAUGGCUCACCGAGCUCCCGAGCGCGGCGAUGUAA